UUUCUCAACAGAAAAAAAAAAAAAAAAAAGAAUCUUGAAAACCCCAUUUGUUAAAUCUUCAAGAAAAUGGCAACAAAAGUGAUGGAAGUGGUGAAGAAACUUGAUAUAGAGAGGUAUAUGGGUAGAUGGUAUGAAAUUGCUUCAUUUCCAUCAAGAUUUCAACCCAAAGAUGGAGAAAACACAAGGGCUACAUACACUUUAAACACAGAUGGCACUGUACAUGUGUUAAAUGAAACAUGGUCUAAUGGAAAAAGAGGGUACAUUGAAGGCACUGCUUAUAAGGCUGAACCUAAUAGUGAUGAAGCAAAAUUGAAAGUCAAGUUUUAUGUUCCACCAUUCUUGCCUGUUAUACCUGUUACUGGUGAUUAUUGGGUUUUGCAUAUUGAUCAAGAUUAUCAGUAUGCAUUGAUUGGUCAGCCUAGCAGGAAUUAUCUAUGGAUAUUAUGUAGGAAAACAUGUCUUGAAGAAGAGAUUUACAAUCAGCUUGUUGAGAAGGCUAAAGAAGAAGGCUAUGAUGUGAGCAAGCUCCAGAAGACACCACAAUCUGAUUCACCACCAGAGAGUGAAGAUGGCCCCAAGGACACCAAAGGAAUUUGGUGGAUCAAAUCAAUCCUUGGAAAAUAGGCAAAGACAGUAAUCGUGAAGAAGAAAACUACCUAAAGACCAAUGAAAUGAGUGUUUAAAACCGUCUUUAGUGUGUUAUCCUAACUGUUUAAGCUUAUGUUUUAUAAGUCUUUUUUCCUCAGGAACUUUGUAAAGUUGAUGGUAUUAAUAGUUUCUGGUUUGUAUUUGAAUCCCGUGUGAAAUGUUGAACAAGUUAAUAGUACCCCUCUUCUUUUUA